AUGGGCAGAAGAAAGAUUUCAAUCCAGCCCAUCACGGAUGAGCGAAACCGGAAGGUGACGUUUGUGAAGAGGAAAGCUGGCCUGUUCAAGAAGGCGCACGAGCUGGCGGUGCUGUGCCAGGUGGACAUCGCGGUGAUAAUACUGGGCAAGAAC